AUGGCUGCUCUUAUCGACCCUACCGUGACGGGAAAGUACCCAGUCAUCUUGGGCGACACUCUAACCAAUGACGAUCCCAACGAGGUCUUUACUGGAGUCCGCUAUAACCACAAGCCGGCACUCUCCUCACCAGACGCUCCCGAACGCGCUCGCCUAAAGCCGUCCAUCCCGGGCAAGACGUCCUCGUACAAUCUUACAUAUACAGACGAUGACGACGACAGCUACGCUUUCACGGGACCCCGCAGCACAGACGACGACCAGUACGUGCUGUACUUUGAUCCCGCCCGGCAGGCGUUUGUCCUUGACAAGGUCGAUUCGACAUUCAACAUGAACAUCACACGCAUGCCGGGCAGUGAGAGCCCGGAGGAGCUGAGUCGUCGCUUCCCCCACCUGCAAGUCGAGGAUAGUCCCGCCCACGACUCCAUCAACGUAAAGGUCCCCGCGCCGAGAAGCGCAGCGAGCAGCAGGUCGUCUUCGGCGCCCAAGCCUGCGAGUAGCAACAGUACACAGACGAAGCGCAAAGUCGAGAAGAAGCCGCCCAAGAAUCUCGCCAUGCCCGUCGCCGAGGCUGCUACUCCCCAACCGUCCAGCAAGUCCAAGAAGCAGGCCGCCGAUGAUGAUGACGACGAAGAUGACGAUGAUGACGACGACGGGGGCCUAAUGAUUGAGUACCCCGAGGGCCCGCCAGCGGCCGCGCGCGCCGCCAAGCAUAACGACUUUUCGCCCGCGUUCCCGACGCAGCGCCGCUUCGACGACUAUAUGAACCAGCGUGAGUCCGAGGCCGAUGAUGCCGAUGGGGAGAGCGACGACGAGGUGGACGUCGACUUCAAGCUGCCGAGUCCCGUCAACAAGCAAAAUGGCCACGCGGCCGAUGACGAGGAACACGACGAGGAGGCGGGCAGCGGCCCUGACGAAGACGGCAACGCGGACGACGGGACGGUGGACCUCGAGGCGGACCUGGAAAAGGAAAUGGAGAUUGCGUUUGAGGACCUGGCCAACAGCCAAGAAGAGAGCGGCCACAACGAUGAGAGCGAAAUUAGUGAGGAAGAUUGA